AUGAGAAAGAUGGAGAGCUGGACUUUGGUUAUGUGCCUCUUAAGUACUGCAUUUGCAAUCCCACUACCACAACAUCCUGGUUAUAUCAAUUUCAGUUAUGAGGUAAUGACACCUUUGAAAUGGUAUCAGAGCAUAAUAGGACAUCAGUAUCCACGUUAUGGCUAUGAGCCCAUGGGAGGAUGGAUGCACCAUAAUGCAGGGCCACUAAUGCACCCAACUCAUUUUCAUGGGGUCCAUACAAUGCAACCAGCUCUCCAUCAAAUGCAGCCACAACAGCCACCUCACAAUCCACAUUUGCAGCAACCUGGUCAUAACCCAUUUGUCCCAAUAAAUGGGCAUAAUACAUUAAUUCCACACUAUCAGCCUGUACAACAUCCAUUUCAACCACAGGCAGGAGAGCAUCCAAUGCAACCCCAGCCACCAGUGAAUCCAAAUCAAUCAAUGCACCCUCAGCAACCAGGGAACACCAAUCAGCCCAUAUAUCCACUACCUCCACUCAUCCCAGAUACGCCUCUUGAAUCAUGGCCAGCUGACAAGACCAAGCAAGAAGAAGUGGAUUAA